CCCGCUCUGCUGGUCAACCUGCAGCAGCACACACACACCGACAGGCAUCUGGACAGUCGCAGUCUUUGGGAAGGACGCAGCUUUGCUGUUCACUGUUUUCACAUCAUCAUGUACUCCAUCCAGUCUCAGCAUUCACACCUGGUCAUCCAGCAGCUGUUGGGUCACCUGGACGCUAACAGCAGGAGUCCAGCUUCAGUCAGAGCCGGGAUAGUGGAGGUCCUGUCUGAAGCUGCUGUUAUCGAAGCGACUGGAUCUGUCGGUCCCACAGUACUGGAAGUGUUCAACACGUUACUGCGACAGCUCAGGCAGAGCGUCGACUACCAGCUGACUGGUUACUAUGACAACGCCGGAAAACACAAGACCAGCUCAAGUGAAGAGAAAACUCUGCAGGACGCCGUCAUCAAAACUAUCGGAUCAUUUGCCAAUACGCUUCCCAUCUACCAGAGGUCAGAGGUCAUGCUGUUCAUCAUGGGGAAGAUCCCCGUUCCUGGUAUCUACCCCGCCCUGGGGUCACCUAACGCCGGGUUUGAAGGCAGCAGAAUGAUCCAGGUGAUGCUGUUGAAGUCUCUCCUCCAGGUGUCAGAGCGUUAUGAAAGCAGUAACAUGUUGACGGCGUUGCCCUCGUCCUUCUUGGAGCCUCUGCUGUCCUUCACUCUGAUGGAGGAUCCGGACAUCCGUCUGCUGGUCCUGUCCAUCCUCACCUCGCUCAUCGACAGACGCCACAACGCCACCAGACUCGCCGCUGCCAGUGUGAUGUUUGACGUGUCAGUGUUGGAGCUGAAGGAGGACCGAUGCUCUCGACAGGACAACUUGUUCAUCAGGAAGCAUGCUCAGCGUCUCUACAGACAUGUUUACCUGACCUGUAAGGAGGACAGCAGUGGGCGGGGCCACUACCAGGCCCUCGUCACCCUGUUGGCCGUACUCAGUGUGGAACUGGCCAAUGAGGAGGUGGUGGUGGACCUGAUCCGAUUGGUCCUCGCUCUGCAGGAGCUGGCGUUGUCCAGUCAUGAGUGUCUGUCAGUGUUUAACCGCUGUGGUGUUCACGCCGUCUGUGCCGCCUUCCUCAACCUGCUGGCUCAGCUCGGUCCGCCUCCACCACUGCACCAGCACGUCACACAGGUCAUGGAGAGGCGUCAGAAGGACGCUCCACACCUGCUGCCUGAUGCCGUUUUCUGUGACCAACCCAGACUUCCAGAAGGUGAGCUGAAGGUUGACGAAGCUUUUCUGUUCGUCCAAUCAAACAUCUGCGAGGCUCUGACAGGAAGCAGCUACAGCGCACACACUGAACGCUUCAACACACCGUACACACCUCAGCUAACAGACGAGGAUCGUCUGUCAAAGAGGAAGAGUAUCGGAGAUGUCAUCUCUCUGCAGAUUGACAUGGACCCUCAGUUCUGUCCUGAUACACAGCAGCGACCUCAGACAGAGCAGAUCACCUUUGAGACGUUGAAGAACGCCAUCGAAGACAGAGGAAGUGUGGAGGAGGACGAGAGGAGGAGGAUGCAGGUGGUGGAGAAGUUUCAGACGGCGCCGUUUGAGGAGAUAGCUGCUCACUGUGGAGCCAGGACCUCUCUGCUUCAGUCUAAACUGGAUCAGGUCUUUGAUCUGAUCGUCCGUCCUCCUCCGUCUCCGUCCGGACAUUCUCCGCCUCGCUCCACGCCGCUGCAUGAGAUGAAGUUUCCUGACCUGUGUGUCUAUUAGACUUUGUCACCAGCUUUCUUUACUUCAUGAAUCGUGUUUCUUUGGCUCAUUCGUGAUUUUAGUUUUGUGAUUUGAAGGUCCUCGUAUUUAUUUAGAGUCGAAUCUUCCUAAUUCUGUUUUUGUUAGUGAUUCAAAUCUUUAUGUUACCUCAGAAUGAGACUCGAGUUGUUUCGACUUUAAAGACUCGAGAACACCACGGCUCGUCUUCCACGGAACAGUGGAUCAGAACAAACUGAAUCUAGAUGGAGACUUUUCUCAGCCAGCGUAGUUUCUCCUUCACACUUGAACGUUGAACUACACCCCUUGAUGUCAGCUGAUCUACACAUUUCCUUUUAAAUGAGAAACGGAUUGACCAGCUUAUUGUUCACCGUGUCGUCCUUCUGUAAACGUCUCGUCAAUGUGCUUUGCUAAUGAAAUAAUAAACUUCAUAUUUAUUGUUUCAUUUCA